AGAGAGAGAGAGAGGAAUGGGCAUUUUUCUCUGCUCCCUACUAGGGAGAGAGUAGUUUAAAUUGUUUCAAGAAAGCAGUUUAGAUUGUUUCAAGGAACCAGAGAGAGAGAGAGCGCAUUGUGCUACUCUUUCAAAUGUGAAGCUAGCUUUGUCUCAAAGAGCAUGAUACCAUCCUGCAAGAUAACAGUCACUACGUCCUUGACAGGGAUGCAAUUCCAACCGUUGGAUCAGGAAUGCAACGGCUAUGCGCCACCCAUUUCUGCCCUACCCUGCAUCAUAUUCUGAAGCCCCAUGAAGCAAGAACACCUUCCUACUAUGCUUCCUUACUCCAACUUUGCUUACAGUCCGAGUCCAUGGAGAAAGGCAAACAGAUACAUGCCUCUAUCUUAACCUCUGGUUUCAUGGAGAAUCUCUUCUUAGCCAAUUCUCUCACUAACUUUUAUGCCAAAUUUGGAGAUAUGGAAAAUGCCCAUAAAGUAUUUGACACAGUUAGAGUGAGAAAUGUGGUUUCAUGGACUUCAAUGAUCUCUGGUUAUUCUCGAUUGGGUCUCUAUGAAUCAGGUUUGGAAGUUUUCAGAGAGAUGGUGAAAGCUGGAGAGAGACCAAACCAAUUCACAUUUUCUCUCACUAUGCAGGCUUGCACCACUGUUCUCUCACUAGAUAUUGGGGUGCAAAUCCAUGGCCUAAUUAUCAAAUGCGGCCUCGAUCAGGAAGAUUUUACAGGGAGCUCUCUGCUUGAUAUGUACUCUAAAUUGGGUCUUUUGAAUAGUGCAUUUUUAGUGUUUAAGAACUUGUUUCAUAGAGAUAGUGUUUCUUGGAACUCCAUGAUUGCUGGUUGUGCAAAAAAUGGAGAUUAUAUGGAAGCUUUUAGGCUCUUUUACGAAAUGCAAAUUGAAGGUAUAAAACCCAAUGAUUUUACCUUUUCCGGUUUGCUGAAGUCAUGUAAGAGUGAGAAAGAAGUUGAGCAAAUCCAUAGCUCGAUAUUAAAGUGUGGAGUAGAGAGAGAUAAUGUUUUAGGCAGUGUUCUUGUAGAUGUUUAUGCGAAGUGUGGAAGCCUGGGCUCUGGUCGAAAAAUUCUCGACUCCAUGGCUAGAAAAGACAGGUUUGCUUGGAGCUCUGCAAUUUCAGGAUAUGCAAAAUCUGGUGAGGGAGAAGAAGCUCUGGUUUUUUUUAGAGAGAUGUGUAGGGAAGCCAUGAAACCUGAUCAGCAUGCUUUGUCCAGUGCCCUCAAGGCUUGUGCAGAGACAAGUGGGUUAUUGGAACAAGGGAAACAGCUUCAUGCCCAAGUGGUGAAAAUGGGGUAUCAGACAGAGAAUUUCGUGGCAAGUGUUCUUCUCUCUCUUUAUGCAAAUUCCAGCCUUUUGAGUGAUUCUGAGAAGGUUUUCAGGGGAAUUAAAGAGAGAGACAGGGUGUCAUGGAAUUCUAUGAUGGUGGUUUUUGCAGAGAGAAAAGAAACAGCUUUGGGAACCAUAAAUCUCUACUGCAAAUUCCAGCAAAUGGGCUUUUCUCCUGAUGUUUUCACCUUCAUUGCUGUUCUAAAAGCCUGCUCGAAUAUGUCAGAUUCCAGCAUGGGCUUUCAAAUACACACUCACAUAAUAAAAUCCAAUUGGGGCUCUGACAUAUCAAUUGGAAAUGCUGUUAUCGAGAUGUACGCAAAUUGUACCUCCAUUGAUGAAGCUCGAAGAGCUUUCGAUAACAUGAGUUGCAGAGAUGAGAUUUCAUGGAGCUCAAUCAUAGCAAGCUAUGCUCAGGAAGACGAUGGAUUUGAAGCACUUCUCCUAUGCAAGCAAAUGCAAAUUGAAGGAUUUAGGCUAACUGAAUUUAGCUUGGCCCCUUGUUUAAUGGCCUGUGCAAUCUUAGCAGCAAUGGAACUAGGCCGACAACUCCAUGCGACCAUUACCAAGUCUGGUUUUUCUUCACAGGUCUAUGUUGGGAGCUCAAUUUUGGACAUGUAUGCAAAAUGUGGAAGCAUUGAGGACUCGAUAGUGGCAUUCCAUGAGGUUCAGGCUCCCAAUAUAGUGACUUUCAAUGCUCUAAUUUCAGGUUAUGCGCAAAAUGGAAGAGCUCAAGAAGCCAUUAAUAUCUUCAAUGAGUUACCCAAAUUAGGUAUUGCCCCAAACAGUGUUACCUUCAUUGGGGUCCUAAAUGCCUGUAGCCAUGUAGGUUUAGUGAGAGCGAGCUUGAAUUACUUCAAUUCCAUGUCAUUAGACUAUGGAAUCUCACCUGAAUUUCAGCACUAUUCUUGCUUAGUUGAUGUUCUUGGAAGGGCUGGAGAGCUAGAAAAAGCUCAUGAAAUUGUCACCAAAAUACCUUUUCCAGAGGCGAUUCCGGCGUAUCGAACAUUGUUGGCAGCUUGCCGGAAUUUUGGGGAGUUAGAGAUUGGCCAAAAAAUUGCAAAGAAGGUGCUUGAAUGGGACCCACACGACCAUUCAGCUUAUGUGCUCUUGUGUAAUAUAUACUCUGCAACGGGGAGGUGGGAGGAAGCUUUUAGAAUGAGGAGAGAGAUGGGUGCUAUGGGUGUGAAAAAAGAGCCCGGUGGUAGUUGGGUAAUUAUCCGAGGAAGGGUCCAUGGGUUCUUUGUGGGGGAUUUUACACAUCCUGAAAUGGAGGAGAUUUUGGGAGAAUUGAAUUGGUUGCACCUUCAAAUGAAGGCAGCUGACAACUUAUUUGGUUUAGACCAGAUAUAAGGCAUUGUAAAAAAGGGAAAAAUAUUUGGUGAGUCGCAGUCAACUCCAAAUAGUUGGGAUACAGCUCAAAUGAUGAUGAUGAUCCGAUGAAUUGCCCACUCAUGCGUCCUGUUCACUCUAGCUCUCAAGGGAUUUAGGA